AUGCCGCCGAAACGUCUGGGAAUGUACCACGAACACGGCAUCAAAUGGCUCUUGGGCUACUGCGGUAAAAAUCUAACUCACAUAUCCCUUAUCGGUUGUGCCAAGGGUGCCUUCCAGAGUGAACGACUCGUUCAUCUGAUUGCUUCACUUUGUCCUAGUGUCCAGUCAGUCGAUCUUAGCUUUGUCCAUUCUGUUUGCGACCCAGGAGUUAUUCGGCUGGCCAGAGAAACACGGAGGCUGGUCACUGUGUGUCUGAAUGGAGCCCAGAAGCUAACGAACAACGCCAUUAAACAGCUUGUGCAUUACCACAGUUCUUCUCUGGAGCGGCUUGAGCUUUCAGGGUGUUUCUGGCUGAAUUCGGAAAUCUUUGGAUCACUUGGUAGCUGCCAUGCCUUGAGGUCUUUAGAUUUUGGUCUCUGCCAUCGCCUUUCAUCGAGAGGCUUUCUUGAAAUGCUCGAACAGAGAGACCCUCAUUUUGUAUGA